GCUGGUGAUCUUUCGCCGCCCACCUAUAUCAAUCUGCUCUGACUCCGUUCGCUUCUCUGACCAUCAGCAUCCGGUAGCGUUCUUUUUCAGCGACAAUAAAUAUACCCGGCAAUUUCAAACCAUCCCGUGGCACUUCUUCUUCGGGCCUAACACAACGAUGGCUGCACCCUCUGUUUACACGUAUCUCCUCCUGUUCUGCAGCACGACCAUGCUGCUGCUCCUGUGCUCCCCGUUCGCGUGCGCGGCGGGGCUUAGCCUUGACAGCGUGAGGGACUUCCUGACCAGGGAGGAGGACACCAUCGUCUUCAGCCUCAUCGAGAGGGCCAAGCAUCCGCUCAACACGCCGGCCUACUACUACGACGACCCCGCCGCGUGCUUCGGCACCGCCGACCGCCACCGCAAUGUUUCCUUCGCCGAGAUCUUCGUCCGGGAGUCCGAGGCGGUCCAGGCAAAGGCAGGAAGGUACGAAAGCCAGCAGGAGAUCCCUUUCUUCCCUUCCGGAGCGCCCUUCACACUGGCACCUCCAUACAACUUCACAACCGAUCUGCACCCUGCGGCGGCAUCGAUUAACGUGAAUGAUGCCAUCUGGAACAUAUAUUUCAAUCAAUUGCUCCGUUUGCUGGCCAAGGAAGGCGAUGAUGGCGACUACGCUGCAACUGCUGCCUCAGAUCUUGCAUGUCUGCAGGCGCUCUCGAGGAGGAUCAAUUAUGGAAGGUACGUCGCAGAAGUGAAGUUCAGAGGAGAACAGCAGACAUACACAGCUUUAAUUCGUUCAAAGGACAAGGAUGCUUUGACGAAACUGUUGACAUUUGAAGCCCAAGAGGAUGUGGUGAAGAGGAGGGCUGAGAAGAAGGCCAAGGUGUUCGGCCAAGAUGUUACUUUGGACGGACCAACUACUGAAACCAGUGGCAAGAACAGCAGUCAAUCCAGCUUCAAAGUUGCCCCUUCUGUAGUUUACAAGCUGUAUGGCCAAUGGGUGAUCCCGUUGACUAAACAGGUGGAGAUUGAGUACCUCCUCCAUCGUCUUGACUGAACCCAACCUUCAUCCAGCCAGCUAACAUAUUUGUUAACAACUGCACACAACAGUUAUUUAUCGGUACAUAUAUAUUUAAGUGAAGGGACAAGGCAAUAAAACAUGCAGGAAACCUGCAAGAAAUUGUGCAAGCCUACA